GUCGAGACCCUCGAUGUGGAGAUGGUGGCGAGAUCGGCCGAGAACCGGAGCGUCAUAGACGCCAAGAUGAAGGUGACCACGCCCUUCGCGAAGAUGAUGAAGACGUGGUGCAAGCACCAGGGUAUACCGGUCAGCGCCGCCCGUUUCCGGCUGGCGGACGGCAGGGAUCUGCGCGCAAUGGACACCCCCGCCGCCCUCGGCCUGUCGCGUGCCCUGGGCACCAUGGUGGUCAACGUCUUCCCGCUCGAGGCCUCCGGGGCGUUCGCCGCGCCGCUCGCCGCCUGCGCGGCCCCGGCGGGCGGCUCUCCGCCGCGGCCCGCGGGCGCCCUGGAGGCGGUCUCCGACGAGCUCGCGGCGGAGGAUCGGCUCGAGAGAAAGUUGCUGGCGAAAGCGUCGGAACAGAUCAGGGUCGACGUCGUUGCCGAGGGGAGCGAUGGCAAAAACGUCCUCGACUUCACGAUGAAGCCGAGCACGACGUUCGAGAG